AUGGUCUUCCACGGAAAUGGGAGAAGUGAGAAAAAAGUCGUAUUGAUCACAAGCCGUUAUAACGUUUGUACACUGCUAGUGAAUACACUGGCUGGUUCCGGCCAACGUAGGGAAGGAUGCUUCAGGGACAAUUUAUUCUCGUCAUCCGCAUCCUCAUUGACAAGUUUAGGAGCGCAAGGAUACCCCAUUAGUCCAUACCAAUGUGCUCGAUAUGGGGCCUAUGGUUCUGGUCCUGCAGUCCCAAGGGUAGGGUCCGCAUACAGCGGUCACAUAGGAAACGUGUUUUGUCUCAUAGUUACUAAACUCGAUUUAUUUUCUUGGCGUUGCGCGUCUGAUUGGUCGACUUUCAGACUACACAAAUUUGCACAUUGCCAUAUGAGUUAA